UUUUUCAUUCUGGGCUGUAGGUAGAGGACGAUUGCACUCAAACUAACGCAGCUACUGUUCAGAAGCGGCUCGCCAAGAAGAACAACGUGACGUCUGAUUAUCUACCUAUUAAGUUGCCAGCGUAUACGGAUGGACCACGGAACGAAGAAGAGCAGCACGGACCCCGAGCAGUCCAGUACAGCUGGCAACUCGUCUACUAAGAUUCUCAAGAGCUCGACAGAUUCUGCGUCGGAGCUGGCGAAGAAGCAACCGACGGCUGCCCAUGACAUCUCGAAGGGUCAUCCUGCUCAUCACAAAUCCAUUGCAGUGACGUCAACCGCAAAGCCGGUGCAACAUCCAUCUCCGCAGUCCAAGGAACUGGCAGCCGGAGGAACCGGGCUGACAGACAAGAAGGAGGCCGCAACUCUUGAGAAGGACAUGAAGGAAGCCGGCAAGGACGUCGUUGAUGAUGAUGAUGAGCCGGCCGUAGACCCCCGCGAACCCUUGCCUGACAGGGCCGUCAUCGACCGGCGAGUGUCCAUGGGCGAGGUGUUACACACGGAGCCACCGCCACAUUUUCUAGGCUGACACUUCAUAAGCAUCGUGGUCCCUGGCUUUCACGGGCAAGGGCGGCCCGUAAUCAAAAGCGAGAAGAGAAAUUUAUUCGAAACGAGACAACAAAUUUGUAGA